GCGAACGGGGAAUCAGCGCUCUGGACGUCAGCUGCAUUUGAUUAUUUUAAACAGAACAAGAUGGCGGAGGAGAGCGGGUUGAGGAAUCGGAAUCAUUCACAACAAAAUUGCAAAAACCUCGUUUUUGAAGAAGAUUGGAGUGGAGGUGGAGUGGAAGAGCUGCCCAUGCCCGACUCAGAGACGGCGCCCCCCGGUGGCGUGGAGGUGGAGGACGAGCCGUGGGACGUGGCGGCCCGGCCCAUCCAGAUCGUGCUGGCGGACGAGGACGACCACAACUUCGAGCUGGACGAGCACGCGCUGGAGCAGAUCCUCAUGCAGGAGCACGUGCGCGACCUCAACGUGGUGGUGGUGUCCGUCGCCGGGGCCUUCCGCAAGGGCAAGUCCUUCCUGCUGGACUUCAUGCUGCGCUACAUGUACAACAAGACAUCCGAAUGCUGGCUGGGGGGUAGUGAAGACCCCCUGACCGGCUUCACCUGGAGGGGGGGGUGCGAGAGGGAGACGACGGGGAUCCAGGCGUGGAGUGAGGUGUUCGUGGUGGACAAGCCCGACGGCAGCAAGGUCGCCGUUCUCCUAAUCGACACUCAGGGAGCCUUUGAUAGUCAGUCAACCAUCAAAGACUGCGCCACCGUGUUUGCCCUGAGCACCAUGACCAGCUCGGUACAGGUCUAUAACUUGUCCCAGAAUAUACAGGAGGAUGACCUUCAGCAUCUUCAGCUCUUCACGGAGUACGGACGGCUCGCCAUGGAGGAAAUCUAUCUGAAGCCCUUUCAGACCCUAAUGUUUUUAAUAAGAGACUGGAGCUACCCGUACGAGCAUAAUUAUGGAUUGGACGGGGGGAGGCGGUUCCUGGAGAAGAGAUUGCAGGUGAAGCAGAACCAGCACGAGGAGCUUCAGAACGUCCGGAAGCACAUCCACUCCUGCUUCUCCAACAUCGGCUGCUUCCUGCUUCCGCACCCCGGCCUCCGGGUCGCCACCAAUCCCAGCUUCGACGGCAGGUUAAAAGAUAUUGACGACGAGUUUAAGAAGGAGCUGAAGCACCUCGUGCCGUUGCUGCUGUCCCCGGAGAAUUUGGUGGAGAAAGAAAUCGGCGGAUCCAAAGUCACAUGCAGAGAUCUUGUGGAGUAUUUUAAAGCCUACAUCAAAAUCUAUCAAGGUGAAGAAUUGCCUCACCCGAAAUCCAUGUUGCAGGCGACCGCGGAAGCGAACAACCUGGCCGCCGUCGCGGGAGCUAAAGACGCGUACAAUAAGAACAUGGAGCAGGUGUGCGGCGGGGACAAGCCGUACAUCGCCCCGGCGGACCUGGAGCGGAGCCACGAGGAGCUGAAGGAGUGCUCGGUGCGGCAGUUCCGCGCGGUGAAGAAGAUGGGCGGCGAGGAGUUCUGCCGGCGCUACCAGGAGCAGCUGGAGGGCGAGCUGGACGAGGCCUACGCCAACUUCAUCAAGCACAACGACAGCAAGAACAUCUUCUACGCCGCCCGCACGCCCGCCACCCUCUUCGCCGUCAUGUUCGCCAUGUACAUCGUCUCCGGGGUGACGGGCUUUGUGGGACUGAACACUGUGGCCGCGCUCUGCAACCUGGUCAUGGGCGUGGCCCUGCUCUCGCUCUGCGUCUGGGCCUACGUCAAGUACUCGGGCGAGUUCCGAGACCUGGGCACCGUCAUCGACAACGUGGCCGAGACCCUGUGGGAGCAGGUGUUGAAGCCUUUGAGCGAUCACUAUAUGGAGGAUAACAUUAGGCAGAGUGUGGCAAACUCCAUCAAGGCCAGUCUGACCGAGCAGGUGACGCAGCACGCCAAGUUAAAGACAAACUGACCGCUCUCCCUUCUAGAGAGAGAGAGAGAGUGCGAGAGAGAGCGCGAGCUCGUAUUUUAGGCCCACGAGCUGCGCCAACCAAAGUUUACACACCCUCUGUUUUAGCUUCACCGAAUUCCGCCUCACCGCAUUGGAUGAUGCCCCUCCCCCUCACUCACUCGCACGCAUUGCAAGCGUGUUCCCAAGUCGCAUCUCCCAGAAUCAGGACCUUUGCUGUGGCGAAGCGGUGUGUUUUGUAGAUUUUUUCCGCCCCUCCUCCUGUUUUUGAAAAUGUGUGUUCCUAAUUAAGGGUUGCUGUCGUAGGUUUUUUUUUUUUUUUUUUUUUUUUUUUCCCCCACUGUCAUUUUCUACCAUUUUCUUUGUUUUAAAUUACACCACUGCAUUGAUUUUUAUUUCAGUGCUAUUUCAGGGAAAAGGAGACUUUGUUGCUGCUUGGUUUUGACCUAGCCUGUCUGUCUCCGGUCUUACUGCACCGAAGUGAAUCUCUCUCCCAGUAUCCCAUGUUAUACCCACCCGCUCGUGUGAGCAAAUGGUUCCGUCACCGUAGUAACGCACAUGGCAACAACCGACUGAAGACACAGUCCAGACGCAGCGGUGCUUCCCGUUAGCUCUGGACGAAUAAAGCACGAUAAAACUGGCGUACAGCGCAGGCCACUCGAUGCGUUUCACCUCUUUUCCACCUCAGUUUACAAACGAACAUUUCAAACAACUGUUAACUGCAUUAACUCCUCGUUAACGUUAAUCUAGCUAGCUAAUUGGUACACGGUAACGGUAGCUAUUGAACAAAACGUACGGCUAGGCUAAUUGAAUUGAUACUUUCCCAGUUUCUACGGUGAGUAUACGGUGUGGCAGAAGCAGUGAACGCAGUGACGUAGGCACUUUCAUGACCUAUUUAUAAGCAGGCCAGUGAAGAUCUGUGUGAUCCUUUUUUUUUUUUUUAGCCAGGCUGUUAUAUGAACAACGGUCCGUGUACCAGGCAAGGUGUAGGAGUGAAUUGGACAUGGGGG